UGGGUGGCUGGGGGGAAGAUAUUUACCUUCCUUCCCCCGCCCUGAGCCUGCUCCUUUGUCCACCCACUUUGAAGUGCUUCUGGGAUCGCCGGGGUGGGAGCAUUGUUGUACGUUAGCAAAGGAUCAGGCAUGCCGGGGAGAGAGUAGCGAGUAUACGAAGGGGCACGGGCCGGCAAAAGCUGCAAGGAGACGGGGAGGAGAGACUGCUGCGAGGAUUGCUGUUUGCCUCCCGGUUUCCCUGCAUGGACCGUGAAAGAGACGCGUUGAGUUGACCCUGCCGGAGCUGUUUCUGCCUCUACAUGUGAGAUCCGGUUGGUUUCUUCUCUCCAGUUAUCUCUCUCUAGCCUCCUUCCCGUGUUCUCCACAUACUCCUGUAUGCAAAAUGGUGGACCCUGUGGGGUUUGUGGAGGCUUGGAAAGCACAAUUUGCAGACUCUGAGCCUCCUAAAAUGGAGCUGAAAUCUGUGGGAGACAUUGAACAGGAGCUGGAGAUGUGCAAAGCAUCUAUCCGGAGACUGGAGAUGGAGGUCAACAAGGAGAGGUUCCGCAUGAUUUACCUGCAGACUCUUUUGGCAAAGGAGAAAAAAAGCUAUGAUAGACAGCGAUGGGGUUUUAAACGUGUUUCUCAGUUGCCUGAAGGGGGUGCAGAGCAGCAGAUCCAAGACCUGCAACACCAGUCUGCUGACCAAGAUGAAUAUGAAAAAAGCAAGUCACACCACGGGGAGGAAAAGUUCAAACCGAGGAUACCCUCUCUGCGGAAGUUGUCGACCCAGAGUGAUGGGUCAGACCUGUCGCCUUUGGACAGCCCCCAUCAUGCAGAGGGAGAGCAGGACAGGUGUAAGUACUAUGGUGAAGAGAAACUGAAGAGAGUUGUAGAAGAUAUGGAGAAUCGCUGUGAUACAGAUGGCUCUCCUUCAAAACACAGAUCGGCUUCCACUCGCAGGCUAGUGGGAUCUGCUGAGAAGGAGGCAUCAUUUGAACCUAUCUCUAAGGAGAGAGGGAACAGCACCAGUGUGGCAGCCCUAAGGUCCAAUUUUGAGAGGAUUAAAAAGGUCAAUUCGCAUUCUUCUGGAGAUAACAAGGAUGUUGUUGAAAAGCCCUUUUACGUGAACAUGGAGUAUCAUCAUGAGAAGGGUCUAGUAAAGGUCAACGAUAAAGAUGUCUCUGAUAAAAUAAGCUCCCUUGGUAGCCAAGCCAUGCAAAUGGAACGCAAAAAGUCUUUGCACUCCCUCCCUUCUAACAUGGUACCCAGCUUCACCGAGUUCCAGAGGCCUGCUUAUAGGGGAAGGUCCUCGGAGAGCAGCUUUGGUUAUGAUGGAGAAUAUGAGGAUGCUGAACUGAACCCCAGGUUUCUCAAAGAUAACUUGAUUAAUGCCAAUGGCAGCAACCGCUCACCUUGGCAGCCCAUGGACUUUCAGCCCUAUCAAAGUAUCUAUGUUGGUGGAAUGAUGGGGGAAGGAGAAGGAAAAGGACCUAUUCUGCGAAAUCAGGGCACAACUGAUCAGGAAAAACAUCUCACGUGGCCCAGGAGAUCUUAUUCCCCCCGGAGUUUUGAAGAUAUUGGAGGAGGAUAUACUCCAGAUUGUAGCUCUAAUGAGAACCUCACCUCCAGUGAGGAAGACUUCUCCUCAGGGCAGUCCAGCCAUGUCUCCCCCAGCCCCACCACUUAUCGCAUGUAUCGGGACAAAAGCCGUUCCCCCUCGCAAAACUCUCAGCAGUCCUUUGACAGUAGCAGUCCACCAACCCCCCAGUCUCAGAAACGGCACAGGCAGCAGCAGGUCAUUGUGUCUGAGGCUACUAUUGUGGGCGUACGAAAAACAGGACAGAUCUGGCCAAGUGAUGGAGAUUUGCCUUCUGGGAGAUGUCACCAGGACAGCUGCUUCCAUGGGGAUACAGAUGCUUCAUUCAGUGGCACACCACCUAGCUAUGCCUAUGAUGCAGACCGUGCUGAAGAACAGAGGCGACAUCAUGAUAUGAUGCCCUAUAUUGAUGACUCGCCAUCAUCCUCACCCCAUCUCAGUUCCAAGAGUCGGGGCAGCCGAGACACCCUAUCUUCAGGGUCUCUGGAAUCUACAAAAUCAAGUGAGCCAGACCUGGAGAAAGGCCUGGAGAUGAGAAAAUGGGUCCUAUCAGGAAUCCUAGCCAGUGAGGAAACCUACCUGAGCCACCUGGAGGCUCUGCUGCUGCCUAUGAAGCCUCUGAAAGCAGCUGCCACCACCUCUCAGCCUGUGCUGACUAGUCAGCAGAUUGAAACAAUAUUCUUUAAAGUGCCUGAGCUCUAUGAGAUCCACAAAGAAUUCUACGAUGGGCUCUUUCCCCGAGUGCAGCAGUGGAGUCACCAGCAGCGUGUAGGGGACCUCUUCCAGAAGCUGGCCAGCCAGCUGGGAGUGUACCGGGCCUUUGUGGAUAACUAUGAAGUUGCUAUGGAGACAGCAGAGAAAUGCUGCCAAGCCAAUGCUCAGUUUGCUGAAAUCUCUGAGAAUCUAAAGGCUAGAAGCACAAAGGAAUCUAAGGAUCAGACGACGAAAAAUUCCUUGGAAACUCUAUUAUACAAGCCAGUCGAUAGAGUGACUCGCAGCACACUUGUUCUGCAUGAUUUGCUCAAGCACACUCCAGUGAGCCACCCUGAUCAUCCACUCCUGCAGGAUGCUCUGCGGAUUUCACAGAACUUCCUCUCCAGCAUCAAUGAGGAGAUCACUCCUCGCCGGCAGUCAAUGACUGUAAAGAAGGGGGAGCACCGGCAGCUGCUGAAAGACAGUUUCAUGGUGGAGCUGGUUGAGGGGGCUCGCAAACUACGUCAUGUCUUCCUUUUUACUGAUCUGUUCCUGUGUGCCAAGCUCAAGAAGCAGAUCGGAGGAAAAAGCCAACAAUAUGACUGCAAAUGGUACAUCCCCCUCACUGACCUUAGUUUCCAAAUGGUGGAUGAAUCUGAGGCAGUGCCCAAUAUCCCACUGGUACCCGAUGAGGAGCUGGAUGCCAUGAAGAUCAAGAUAUCCCAGAUCAAGAAUGACAUCCAGCGUGAAAAGAGGGCUAAUAAAGGCAGCAAGGUUAUUGAGAGGUUGAAAAAGAAGCUGUCGGAGCAGGAAUCCCUCCUAUUGCUGAUGUCGCCCAACAUGGCUUUCCGGGUACACAAUCGCAAUGGCAAGAGUUACACGUUCCUCAUUUCAUCCGACUAUGAAAGGGCAGAGUGGAGGGAGAACAUCCGGGAGCAGCAGAAGAAAUGCUUUAAAAGCUUCUCACUCACAUCGGUGGAACUCCAGAUGCUGACAAACUCCUGUGUGAAGCUUCAGACUGUCCACAACAUUCCCCUUACUAUCAAUAAGGAAGAUGAUGAAUCCCCAGGUCUCUAUGGAUUCCUGAAUGUCAUUGUCCACUCUGCCACAGGAUUCAAGCAAAGUUCAAAUUUGUACUGCACGUUAGAGGUGGAUUCUUUUGGGUAUUUCGUGAACAAGGCUAAAACUAGAGUUUACAGGGACACCACAGAGCCCAACUGGAAUGAGGAGUUUGAGAUUGAGCUGGAGGGCUCACAAACUCUGCGGAUUCUGUGCUAUGAAAAGUGCUACAACAAAACCAAGCUUACUAAAGAGGAUGGAGAGAGCACAGAUCGCAUAAUGGGUAAAGGACAGAUCCAGCUGGACCCACAGGUGUUGCAGGACAAAGACUGGCAACGCACGGUCAUCUCAAUGAACGGAGUUGAAGUGAAGCUGUCAGUGAAGUUCACCAGUCGGGAGUUUAGCCUGAAGAGGAUGCCAUCCCGGAAGCAGACCGGGGUUUUUGGGGUCAAGAUAGCUAUUGUCACCAAGAGAGAGAGAUCAAAGGUGCCUUACAUAGUUCGCCAGUGUGUGGAGGAGAUAGAGCGGCGUGGGAUGGAGGAGGUGGGCAUCUACCGUGUCUCUGGGGUGGCAACCGACAUCCAAGCUCUGAAAGCCGCCUUUGAUGUCAAUAACAAAGACGUGUCGGUGAUGAUGAGCGAGAUGGAUGUUAACGCCAUUGCAGGCACCUUGAAACUGUACUUCCGGGAGCUGCCUGAACCCCUCUUCACAGAUGAGCUGUACCCCAACUUUGCUGAGGGCAUUGCACUUUCAGACCCUGUUGCAAAGGAAAGCUGUAUGUUGAAUCUGUUGUUAUCACUUCCAGAGCCCAACCUUGUGACAUUCCUUUUCCUUUUGGACCAUUUAAAAAGAGUUGCUGAGAGGGAAAGCGUUAACAAGAUGUCCCUGCAUAAUCUUGCAACUGUCUUUGGACCAACACUGCUCAGACCUUCAGAGAAGGACAGUAAAAUCCCUGCCAACCCGACGCAACCCAUCACAAUGACGGACAGUUGGUCACUAGAAGUCAUGUCCCAGGUUCAAGUUCUUCUGUACUUCCUGCAGCUAGAGACUAUCCCUACCCCAGACAGCAAGAGGCAAAGCAUUCUCUUUUCCACAGAGGUGUAGGUGCCUGCGAUACCAACAGGACACAAAAGACUGCUUUUGGCAUAAACCUGCCACGCCUGAGAAAAAGACAACUGAUGUUUCUUCAGACAUUGCUGGCCUGUUCCUGCCCCGGGGAACUGCAGCCCUCGGCGCUUCUGCUGUUCGUUAACCAGUGACAAGCUGAAGAGGGAGAAAAGCUUCUGCUCUGGAUUGGUAGGAGCAGAACUGGACUGGAGAUGGAGCUGUGCAGCAUCUCCACUAGGAGGAGCAAUAGACACUUGAACAAAUGCACCACAGUGUGGCUGUUGUUCUUGUCGGGAAUGUGACAGAAGGUAUUCCUCACUUUAUGGAUUUAAUUUAUCAAAAAGAAACUUCAAGAUUUCUACUGGACCACUUGAUAGGAGACCCCUUUUUGGGUGAGGGGGAGUUAAAGAAUCUAUCACAACUGUGUCUUUACUAACUGCUGUUUAUAAAGUACUGUUCUAGGCCACAAAAAUAGUGUUGCUUUGCAAGAGAAGAGCAGAAGGGAAGGGUCUGGGAUCUGAGAUUCCCUCCUCAGAAACUGAAGUCUUGAUUUGACCAGGGUUCUAAAGCAAUUAAACAGGUUUGUGUACAACUCGAGCUGUUGGUUUGUGUGGGGCUUGGGGUUUAGUUUAGUUUAUUUUUGUCUUGCCCACCCCUUUCCUUGCAAAUGUUUCCACAGCUCUAGGGAAGGAGAUGCCCUGCUCUUGCCCAGGCUGCACUUCUGAUGGGUCUUGGGUUAAGGGAGCCAGACCUAAUGAUGUUACAUUAUAAAUAAUAUAGCAAAUUGAGCAGGCAGGGAGGAUGAGUCAGUGAUUCUGUUGUCUGUUUGCAUAUAAAAGCAGGGGCGAUGUUAUCCAGGCAGGAUUGGUAAAUUCGUUAGGCCCCACCAAACUUCAUGAAAAUUAAUUGGGAAGUCUGUUAAUUCCCAACACUCCAAAGAAAAGAUCACUGCAAAAGGAAUUGAAGGCUUUGUGGACAAAAUAACCUGUGGCUAUCAGUUUGGCUGGCUGCUUACUUCAGGCUUUUCUCAGAACAUCUGUUUUUGGGGUUUUUUGGUUUGGUUUUUUUUGAUACUUGAAUUUUUGGAGGCUUUGUACAUUGCUUCUACAAGAGCCUUCUUCUGAUUGCUCCACUUUGAUAAACCAUGUCAGAAUGUACUUCAGGGACAAUCCGGCAAGCAGCAUUCAUUGUGUAUUCUCCAGCAAUUCCAACCCUGUUUUAAAUAAGAGCAGUGAAGACAUAUCAAUGGAGCUACAUAGAGCAGUACAGGUCAAGCCAAACACCGCCGUUGUGUUGCCGUGCUUACAGUGGUCAAAGCCACCGUGGUCACACAGGGGUGCAGGGCAGCUUUGUCCAGGGAGCACAGGACAGUCCAACUGCUGCUGUGCAGAGCAGAGCAGAGCAUUCCGGCUGUGAAGCAGCUGAGCUGAACACCCUGGGGCAGGGGGGAGCGACUCCAUUUGCAUGAAGCACCCCAAGCCCUUCACUCCCUACCCAGCUCUGCAUUUGGUGCCAUCUGUCCAUCGUCAUCCUGGGGAGGAGAAAAGUACAGCUGGGAGACAAGGGAAGGAAUGGGCAUGAGAAGGGGAGGGAGGGAUGGGUUUGGAAACAUUGGUAGUUAGGCUGUCAACAUCAUUUGAGGGGAAGUAUAACAAAGAAAGCAACCCCUGUUACGUGAAUUUCCCGUUUUCUGAUGGGUGAUCUGCAACCUCUCAACAAAAAGUCAAAGGAAUCUUUCAAACAAAUGGAAAGAAAA